AUGAGCCACCGACAGAUUUUACAAGUGUUUGAACAGUAUCAGAAAUCAAGGUUGCAGUUUGUACAGACUGUUGCGGAACUUGCAACGAGACCACAGAACAUAGAAACCCUACAAAAUGCAGGUGUGACGUCCUUGCUACGACCCAUGCUGUUAGAUGUGGUUCCUACCAUUCAGCAGACAGCAGCUCUGGCCCUUGGCCGCCUGGCCAACUACAGUGACGACCUGGCCGAGGCUUUAGUGAAGGGAGACAUCCUGCCCCAGCUGGUCUGCUCCAUGGCCUCACAGAACAGGUUCUAUAAGAAGGCUGCAGCAUUUGUGCUGCGGGCAGUGGCCAAACACUCCCCAGAGUUGGCCCAAGCAGUGGUGGCAUGUGGUGGGGUUGAUGCCCUGGUUCUCUCCUUGGAGGAAUUUGACCCUGGCGUAAAGGAGGCUGCUGCCUGGGCUCUGGGCUACAUUGCACGGCAUGAUGCACAGCUGUCUCAGCUGGUUGUGGAUGCAGGUGCAGUUCCCUUGUUGGUGCUGUGUGUCCAGGAGCCGGAGAUCGCCCUGAAACGCAUCGCUGCGUCUACCCUUAGUGACAUUUGCAAACACAGCCCAGAACUGGCACACACCGUGGUAGACACUGGUGCCAUUGCACACCUGGCGCUGAUGAUCCUGAACCCUGAUGCCAAACUCAAGAGACAUGUGUUGUCGGCCUUGAGCCAGAUCAGUAAGCAUUCUGUCAACUUGGCAGAGAUGGUGGUGGAGGCCGAGAUCUUCCCGACAGCGCUGGCCUGCCUGCGGGACCCUGAUGAGUGUGUUAAGAAAAAUGUCACCACCCUGAUGAGGGAGGUGAUUAAACACACACCUGAGCUGUCCCAAUUGAUUGUGAAUUCUGGUGGCAUAGCAGCAGUUGUCGACUACCUGGGCGAUUGCCGUGGCAACGUGCGGCUGCCGGGCAUCAUGAUGUUAGGAUACGUGGCGGCUCACACUGAGAACCUUGCCAUGGCUGUCAUUGUAUCCAAGGGAGUGCCCCAAUUGGCCCUGUGUCUGGCUGAAGAACAGGAGAAUCACAUCAAGUCGGCCACAGCCUGGGCCAUCGGACAGAUAGGGCGCCACACCCCGGAGCACGCCAGGGCCGUGGCCAACGCCAACCUGUUGCCCAAACUGCUGGAGCUAUACAUGGAUGCCAAGAGCUCCGAGGACCUGCAGGUCAAAUGUAAAAAGGCUCUGAAGGGUAUCUUGCAAAAAUGCACUUACCUUCCAGCCCUUGAGCCUCUGCUCUAUGAUGCUCCGAGUAAUAUCCUCAAACAUGUGGCUUGCCAGUUCAGCAAGGUGCUGCCUCAUGACAGUAAGGCACGGCGUCUGUUUGUCACCAGUGGGGGGCUGAAAAAGUUGCAGGAGAUCAAGGCUGAGGCAGACUCCGGCCUGCAGGAGUACAUCGACUCCAUCAACAGCUGUUACCCCGAGGAGAUUGUCAGGUAUUACUCCCCUGGAUAUUCGGAGGUCUUACUGGAAGGAGUGGAGAAAUACCAGCCAGCCUAA